UCAACACUGUGUUUUGCCCCAAAUGCAUAUCACACAUCAUCCAGCGUAGAGAAAGAGAAAGAGAGAUCGAUCCUCCAAAUCAAAGAUAUUUCUUCCAACGACAAUCCCAAUCCUUUGCGCCAAUCAACGACCCCACACUCAAAUCUUUCCCACAAUUUUCUCUCUCUCUCUCUCUCCCUUAAACCCCUCUCUUCUUCUCUUGCCAUGCCAGCUUCUCCUUCAGAAAACCGAAACAGAUGGAGGAAGCGCAAGAGAGAUUCUCAAGUCGCUCGGCGCCACCCCAAGCACGAGGAGGAGGAGGAAGACGACGAAGAAAACCCCAAUGCAGAGGAUGACCAUGCGGAACGUGAGUACGAUUCCGAAGAACAAACGCAUCAACACCAUAAUUCGCAACCACAUGUGGAGACGGAGGUUCUCUCAGACCACGGUGUUACCAUUUCUCAGUUUCCGGUGGUGAUAAAGCGUUCCGUGAACCGUCCUCACUCUUCCGUCACUGCAAUUGUGGCUCUGGAGCGAGCCCUUGAGUCUGGAGACAGCAAGGCUCAGAGUGCUCUUGCUCCUCUUGUUAUUGAAAACGUGUCUCACGGUCAGCUUCAAGCGCUGUCGGCUGUGCCAUCUGAUAAUUUGGCUUUUGAGGGUGAUUCCUCUUUUGUUAUAAGUCCACCUGCCAUAUUGGAAGGUCGCGGGGUUGUUAAGCGCUUUGGAACUAAGGUUCUUGUAGUUCCUAUGCAUUCAGAUUGGUUUUCGCCUGCCACUGUGCAUAGGUUAGAGAGGCAAGCAGUGCCACAUUUCUUUUCAGGGAAGUCACCCGAUCAUACUCCCCAGAAGUACAUGGAGUGUAGGAACUGCAUUGUUGCUAUGCAUUUGGAGGAGCCUGGGAAGAGGAUUACUGUUUCUGAUUGCCAGGGUUUGUUGACAGGAGUUGAUUUUGAAGAUUUGACUCGGAUUGUGAGGUUCCUUGAUCAUUGGGGAAUUAUUAAUUAUUGUGUUCAGAUAUCGAGUCUUGAGUCUUCCAAUGUUAUGUCUUGCCUGAGGGAGGAACCUAGUGGAGAGGUCCGUGUGCCAGCUGAGGCUUUGAAAUCUAUUGAUAGUUUGAUCAAAUUUGACAAUCCAAGUUGUAAGCUGAAAGCUGACGAAAUUUAUUCGUCAUUGACUGCACGUAAUGUGGAUGUCUUUGAUCUGGAGGACAGAAUAAGAGAACAUCUUUCGGAGAAUCAUUGCAAUUAUUGUUCUCGUCCUCUUCCUCUUGUAUACUACCAGUCUCAGAAAGAGGCUGAUAUUAUACUUUGCACUGAUUGCUUUCAUGAUGGGAGAUUUGUCAUUGGUCAUUCAAGUCUAGAUUUUCUAAGGGUGGAUACGACAAGGGAUUAUGGUGAACUAGACGGGGAUAAUUGGACUGAUCAAGAAACUUUACUGCUUCUUGAAGCAAUGGAGAUUUACAAUGAGAAUUGGAACGAAAUUGCUGAGCAUGUUGCUACCAAAUCAAAAGCACAAUGCAUUCUUCAUUUUCUCCGCCUACCCAUGGAAGAUGGAAAGUUGGAAAAUAUUAAUGUUCCGAGCAUGCCUUUGUCAUCCAAUGCAAUGGAUAGAGAUGGUAGUGGAAGACUGCAUUGUUACUCAAACGGAGAUACUGCAGGACCUGUCCAUCAAGUGAGAGAUACUGACAGCCGGCUUCCUUUUGCAAAUUCUGGAAAUCCUGUUAUGGCUUUGGUUGCCUUUUUAGCCUCUGCAGUUGGACCAAGAGUAGCUGCUUCUUGUGCUCAUGCAGCAUUAGCAGUAUUAUCAGUGGAUAAUUCUGGCAGCACUUCACAGAUGGAAGCACCUGGACAUGAUAAUAGGACAAAUUCCGAAAGCAUAAGAUGUCGAGAUGGUGGGUCUCAUGGAGAAACAGCGGUAUCAAAUAAUAAUAAUAAUGAGGAUAAGGCUAAGGUACAUGGUUCAUGGGGACUAAAUGAUGGUAGGACAACCCCACUAUCUGCUGAGAAAGUUAAAGAUGCUGCUAAAGCAGGCCUCUCUGCGGCAGCAAUGAAAGCAAAAUUAUUUGCGGAUCAUGAAGAGCGAGAAAUUCAGAGGUUGUGUGCUAACAUAGUUAAUCAUCAGCUGAAAAGAUUAGAGUUGAAGCUGAAACAGUUUGCGGAAAUCGAAACAUUGUUAAUGAAAGAAUGCGAACAACUGGAGAGAACCAAGCAAAGGUUUGCUGCUGAACGGUCUCGUGUAAUAUCAGCACGUCUUGGAACUGCAGGAGCCACACCCACAAUGGCUGCAUCGGGUGUUGGUCCUUCAAUGGCUAGCAAUGGCAGCAACAGGCAACAAAUGAUCUCUGCUUCUCCCUCACAGCCCAGCAUCUCAGGGUAUGGCAGCAAUCAAUCACUUCAUCCACAUAUGUCCUUUGCCCCACGACCUUCGAUGUUUGGGUUGGGGCAAAGAUUACCACUAUCUAUGAUACAACAAUCACAAUCACCUUCUUCAACUGCCAUGUUCAAUGCCCCUAGUAAUGUGCAGCCCACGUCCAAUCAUCCAUUGUUGAGGCCUGUAUCAGGAACAAACUCUGGUUUAGGUUAAAGGGGAGUAGAUUUUAAAUUUUGGAACUUAAAAGGUGUAAUUUUCAUUGGUAAUCAUCUAUUUAAGAAAGUGAAGAGGAGGUUAGGUGGAUGUGGCAAGAAAGUUAUUUAGUCUGUAGAUCCUGUAAUUCGUUGAAGUUGAUUGUGAAACUGUGCUUAAAGGAAAAAUAAGUAUCAUGUGAUGUUCCAAAGUUGUUUA